AUGGUCGGCCAAUUGAUGCGGAUCCCAUACACGGCACCGCUCCCAGCACCCACAAUCAUCCCGUCGGCCGCAGCUUCCGUGUCUGGUGCAAUCGCCGCCCUGACCGACUUUCUCACAUCCACGACGCCACAACAACAAGCAAAGUCCAAAGACAAGACUGUGUUGCUCACUGGAGCGGGUAUCUCUGUCGCGUCUGGUCUUGCCGAUUACAGAGGUACUAAAGGCACCUACACUCUCAACAAGACUUAUCGACCAAUCUACUUUCACGAGUUUGUCGCCAACCAUGCAGCGAGAAAACGAUACUGGGCGCGCAGUUUCCUGGGCUGGACGAAUUUGAACAAAUCCAAGCCGAACGCUGCGCAUAGGGCAGUAGCCGAUCUAGGGCGUAUGGGAUAUUUGUCUAGUGUCAUCACUCAGAACGUCGAUUCCUUCCACCCACAAGCCCACCCUUCAAUCCGCACUCUCGAGCUACACGGCUAUUUGCGAAGUGCAGUCUGCACCACCUGCCGCACAGAAUACGAUCGCCAACUCUUCCAAAAUGACCUCGCGAACCUCAACCCAGCAUGGAGUGAUUUCCUCAACGAAAUGCUCGCUUCAGGAGCCCUGACCACCGAAAACCCAGACGAAAGACGAAGGUUAGGACUCAAAACAAAUCCAGACGGUGAUGUGGAUGUGCCCGGUGUGGAUUAUGCUACGUUUAGGUAUCCGGCGUGUCCGAGUUGUCUGGCGAAUCCGGGAAAGGAUAAAGAGGGGAAGAAACAUGUGGUGGAGGUUGAUGAGGAUGGUGCGUGGAAGCAUGGCAACUCAACAGCAGGGAUCCUGAAACCAAACGUGAUUAUGUUUGGUGAAAGCAUCCCUGACACGACCAAGGUUGCCGCUGAGAAGGCCAUUGAUGAAGCUGCCAGAGUGCUCGUACUCGGCUCCUCGCUAGCCACAUACUCAGCCUGGCGAUUGGUAAAAAGAGCAAGGGAACAAGGCAUGCCGAUCGGCAUUGUGAACAUUGGCGGUGUCAGAGGUGAAGAUCAAUUCUUUGGGCACUUGUCUGCGAACAACACUGGAAAGGAAGGAUUGAGGUGUGCGCAUAUCUUGGAGGAAAUGCUGCCGAGUCUUGUGACCCAGCUGGGACAGAGGGGACCUGCUUCUCUUGGAUCUGCUGCGACGGCGAGACCUUUUGUGCCUGCGCCGUGGGCAUGA